AUGUCAAUCGAACCAACAUCUAUUGAAGGUAGUGUUACACCUCCUACUUUAAUAGAUUCUGAAAAUUCGGGAGUUGGAGCUUCAAGCCAAACAAAGGGGACUACCGGGAAAAGAAAAGCCACUCAAAGGUCAGAAGUUUGGUCUCACUUCACUAAGAUUAUUAAUAGUGAGGGUGCAAGUAAGGCUAAAUGUAAUUAUUGUCAAAAGGAAUUUUGUUGUGAUAUGAAAAAAAAUGGUACAAGGUCAUUGAAAUAUCAUAUUGGUUCAUGUAAGAAAAAUCCUAGUAAUGUUGUUGACAAUUCUCAAGGACAACUAGUUUUACCUAGAAAGAGAUUUGAAGGGGGGGAAGGGAACCUUUCAACUUGGAGAUUUGAUCAAGAAGCAUGUAGGAAAGGACUAGCACAAAUGAUUGUGAUUGAUGAAUUACCUUUCAAGUUUGUUGAAAGUGAAGGUUUUAAGAAAUUUAUGUUUGUGGCAAGUCCUAGGUUUCAUAUUCCUUCACGAACUACUAUGACUAGGGAUGUUUAUCAAUUGUAUUUAGAUGAAAGGAUCAAGAUAAAACAACUUUUGAGAAGUUCUUGUUCUAGAGUUUGCUUAACUACUCACACAUGGACUUCUUUGCAAAGAGUUAAUUAUUUGUGCAUCACUGCUCACUUUAUUGAUAAUGAUUGGAAAUUUAAUAAAAAGAUUUUAAACUUUUUUCCAAUUUCUAGUCAUAAGGGUGAGUCCAUUGGAAUGGUGAUUGAGAAAUGCUUGUUGAAUUGGGGGAUUGGUAAGUUGUUUACUGUUACUGUUGAUAAUGCAAGUUCAAAUGAUGUUGCUAUUGGUUAUUUGAGAAAGAAAUUUAACCCUCGAGGGGGUUUAGUUCAAAAUGGUAAAUAUCUUCAUAUGAGAUGCAUGGCACACAUUGUGAAUUUUAUUGUUGUUGAAGGCUUAAAGGAAAUGAAUAAAUCUGUUGAACGUGUUAGGGGGCUGUUAGAUAUGUGGAACUCAACCUACUUAAUGUUAGACACUGCUCAGAACAUUGAGAGAGCUUUUGAGAGAUUUGAGGAGCAAGAUACAAACUUUAGGGCUGAACUUGAAAGGGGAGAGGGUUGGCCUAGUGUGGAUGAUUGGGAUAAUGUUAGAAACUUGAGGGAUUUCUUGGAACACUUUUAUGAAGUCAUUUUGCGUAUAUCUGGCACUUCAUAUGUCACUGUUAUGGCCAUCAAGAUGAAAGAGAAGUAUGAUAAGUAUUGGGGUGAUAUUGAUAAGAUGAAUUUGCUUAUGUUUGUUGCUUGUAUUUUAGAUCCUAGACAAAAACUAAAUACUUGUAGCCAAUUGAGUGUGCCAACACAUGUUUCUCUCGGUGAACCACAACAAAAAAUGAAAAGGCGAAUGCAAGCUUUGUAUAAAAAGCGUGAGUUGGAAAUUUGUGGUGAGGAUAAAACAUCUGAGUUGGAUAAAUAUCUAGCUGAGGCUAAUGAGGAAUUUGUUGAAGAUUUUGAGAUUUUAUUGUGGUGGAAAGUGAACAGCCCUAGAUUUCCCACUCUUUCAAAAAUGGCCAGAGAUGUGUUAGCUAUAUCGGUUUCUACGGUUGCUUCAGAGUCUGCAUUUAGCAACGGAAGACGUGUGCUUGAUCAAUAUAGGAGUUCAUUAACUCCUAAAAUUGUACAAGCUCUUGUGCGUACUCAAGAUUGGAUUCGAAAAUCAUCAUCACAAGAAGACAUCAAAAAGAUUGAAUAA